UUGAAAAAUUCACCUGCACACAAAACGACACAACGGCGAUUUCUGAACACUAAAUGUGUUAAAAGUUUUAUAAGUUGUUAUUGGUUGAAAUAAUUGUCACUUGGGGCUAUGGAAAUUUACGAUAUCUUAAGCUACGAUUUUAUAACAAGAAUAAUGGAGGCAACCGAUAUCACAGAGGAACAAAUAAGAGAGUUCAAAAACGCGUUCAUGUCUUUCGAUAAGAAUGGCGAUGGGAGGAUUGACGCAGAGGAGCUUGGGAUAGUCAUGCGCAGUAUAGGAUUACAUCCGAAAGACGAGGAGCUGAAGGCCAUGAUUAAACAAGCCGACAAAGAUGGUAGCGGAGACAUUGACUUGCCCGAGUUUAUCGAGCUAAUGGCCAGCAAGUCCAAGAAUGACACAACUGAGAGCGAUCUCCGCGAGGCGUUCAGCCUGUUCGACAAGGAUGGUAACGGGCUGAUCAGCGCACAGGAGAUGAAGUUUGUGUUCACAUGCAUGGGAUUUAACAUCACAGAGAAAGAGGCCGUGGAGCUCGUCAAGCAGGCAGACAUGGACGGAGACGGUCACAUCAACUAUGAGGUCUUGGAUUGUAUAUUUGUUACAAGCUCAAUUAUCCUUUUCCUUCUAACAUUAGAGUUCAAAAACGCGUUCAUGUCUUUCGAUAAGAAUGUCGAUCAACGGAUUGACGCAGAGGAGCUUGAAAUAGUCACGCGCAGUAUAGGAUUACAUCCGAAAGACGAGGAGCUGAAGGCCAUGAUUAAACAAGCCGACAAAGAUGGUAGCGGAGACAUUGACUUGCCCGAGUUUAUCGAGCUAAUGGCCAGCAAGUCCAAGAAUGACACAACUGAGAGCGAUCUCCGCGAGGCGUUCAGCCUGUUCGACAAGGAUGGUAACGGGCUGAUCAGCGCACAGGAGAUGAAGUUUGUGUUAACAUGCAUGGGAUUUAACAUCACAGAGAAAGAGGCCGUGGAGCUCGUCAAGCAGGCAGACAUAGACGGAGACGGUCACAUCAACUAUGAGGAGUUCAUUCGAACUAUGAAGGGAUGACUUGGACAUUUACAGAAAGCCGUUAGCCUGCUAGAAAAGACAUUGCAUAACAUUGAAAUUUUAUACAUCUCUUUAUUCACGCUUUUUCUUUUCUUACAAGAAAUGCAUCUACAUCGCUCUAAGCUGGGUUAAGCUACAUCGCUCUUAGCUAAGUGUACAACACGCAUGAUCAGUAUAAAUUAUGAGGCUUCGAAUAAAAAUCACUUCAAAUAAUCAAAUGUAAAUAGGAUACAUGAGUUAUAAAGGUAUGUACAAUCCGUUAUUAUAUGUGAAAUACGUAUUUGCAGUAAAAACACAUACCCUAAAACUUAAA